AUGAGGUUGGAGAAGGCUAAGAGGAUGAGAGAGUCAUCUGCCCGGGCUAAGGGUUCUUCUCUAGCGUCGGCGGUUAAUCCCAAGGCGAACAAGUCUAGCCUUGCAUGGGAUGCAUGCGUGUUUGAUCUGCUCAAGACGAACUUCCUAUCAAACCCGUCUUCCUGUGCUGAGUUGGUUGAUCACAUCCGUCAGGCCGGCGAUCUUGGCACUUUCUCGAGGCUUUUCUUGGAAAAACAAAGGGAAGCAAUAUUUCAUCUAAUUCAAAAAGGAUUGGUUUUUGCUGCUGAGACUAUUUGGAACUCCUUUGUUGUUGCUCCCUCUUCUGCCCAGCUCAGCGAGUUGGAGAAGAAGAACGCUGAAUUGGCCACCCAGCAGGCCCGUUAUGAGAAGAAGACGUCUGAUUUGAGGGCAAUGAUAUCUGAGCUGAAAAGCUCCUUUACCGAGAAGGAUUCCGAGCUCAACUCUUUUGCCGCUGAUUUGGUUACUCGAAAAGAUGUCUUCUUUUGUCUUGAGCGUAAGAAUGCUGACAUCUCCCUUAGCUGCACUGCGCAGAUGGGACUACUCCCUUGUAUGCAAUUGACGACGUAG